CACCAUUAAUUUUAGGUUAGGCGAGCACAUGGCUGCACCGGAUCGAUGGUUUGAUUCGCAUUCUUCUAAAAAUCGUGUGCUCACGUUACACAACCGCCUAUUCUGAUUGCAAUUUUACAUAUUUUCCUACAAAGUGACAAGGUACAAAGUAACCUGAAUGUAAUCUUAACUACAGUUAUCGCUAUUAUUAACAUACAAGGCGCCUUUUGAAUGAUACGUAUUACAACGCACACUUGACAGAACAAAAAUGAAUCACCACAAUGAAUUCCAAGCCAUCGUGCUCGCUGGAGGAAAAGGCUCCCGCAUGACGGAGCUUACGGCAGGCAAGCCCAAAUGUCUGUUGCCGAUCGCAAACGUUCCCAUGAUCUGGUAUCCCUUGCAGAUCCUCGAACGUUCGGGUUUCAAAGAAGCGAUCGUCGUUGUUGCCGAAGCAACCAAGUCCGACGUGUCGACGUCGUUGGAUAAAUUGGGUCUGAAAAUCAAGAUAGAAUUCGUAGGGAUUCCAGGAGCGGAGGAUCUCGGCACGGCCGAUUCUAUCAGACUUAUUCAUGAAAAAAUAUACACGGAUAUCUUGGUGAUAUCCUGCGAUUUGAUCGCAAAUGUGGACAUAUCGGAGAUCCUGAAUUUAUACAGGAAACAUAACGCGAGUGUAACCGCUCUGAUGUUGCCCGCACCGAAAAUGCCCGACGACUUUGUAACGCCAGGCCUGAAAAACAAGCAGAAACCGGAAACGGACUUGAUCGGCAUCGACAAUAACACAGGACGAUUGAUUUUCUUGGCUUCCGCAUCUGAUUUCGAAGAAACGAUUAACAUCUCGCAGAGGCUUCUCAGGAAGCACGCUAGCUUCACCAUGCACUCCAAACUGAUGGACGCGCAUUUGUACAUUAUUAACAAAUGGGUGGUGGACUUUUUAAUAUUUAACAAAAAUUUCACCACGCUGAAGGGUGAACUUUUGCCGUAUAUAGUCGGUAAACAAUUAUCCAGAUCUAAACAAUGUAUGGAUGAUAAGACUUCCGUGGUACAAAUGGAUUUGAAGGAAGAUAUCUUCCAUUUUGCAAUGGAGAAACCAUUGGACGAGUUGAUAAGAAAGAUGUCGGCCUUCAAUGAUCAUAGCACCGAUCUGGAGGAUGCUUAUAACGAGGAUGUAAUACGAUGUUACGCUCAUGUGUCAAAUGAAAAGUUUGGUCUUAGAGCGAACACCGUGCAAAUGUAUCAUCUUGCAAAUGCUAAGAUAUCAGAAUGGUGGAGUGAUAACAAGAAUACCGAUCAAUUACCGCUGCUGCCGAGUAUCUCGAGCACCGCGACUGUACGCAGUACGCAGAUGCAAGAAUGUCGCGUAGGCGAUAAUUCGUUGGUCGAGGAGAAAACGUCGUUGAAACAAAAUCAUAUCGGGCCUAACUGCACCGUGGAAUCCAAGACAAGGAUAUCUCAGAGUGUGAUAAUGGGACAUGUAACUGUUAAGCAAAGAUGCGUUAUUCACAACUGCAUACUGUGCAAUGGCUGCAUCAUCGAGGAAGGCACGGAACUGAAGAAUUGCUUAGUUGGAGCACAACACGUCGUGAAAUCUGGUAGCCAACACUCUCACGAAGUACUCACUGAUGCGGACAGACUCAUAGAGAUUUAAUUAUUCACCUUGUAUUACGUAUAAAUGAUUGUAAAUAUAAUUAGA